GUUGGUUUUUCGUGCAAUCGCACCGAGUGAAAGCGUUGCGUUUGGCUACGGCUUUACAGUUUGACAGUUUGCCGUUCGACCGGUGUUCGUAGAAAAACGCAAUCAACGGUUUCCGCUUUCCGUGAUGUUGCUCACUCGUGCUUUAACCGCCAUCGUCUCCACGAAGAGCUGCUGCAGCAAUCAAGCGUUCCUACUCGGUGUCGCCUCGAAGUGGUCUACUUCUGCUAUCAAUAAUAGUAGUGUGCGAAUUCAGCCGCAAACGCGAACCUUUGCUAAGAAAAUGAGUCUGCCGCGUUGCUUUUUCGACAUGACGAUGGACAACCAGCCGCUCGGCCGGAUCGUGAUCGAGCUGCGUCCCGACGUCGUCCCGAAGACGUGUGAAAACUUCCGCGCGCUGUGCACGGGCGAGAAGGGUUUCGGCUACAAGGGAUCGAUCUUUCACCGUGUGAUCCCGAACUUCAUGUGCCAGGGCGGUGAUUUCCAAAACCACAACGGUACCGGUGGAAAAUCGAUCUACGGCAACAAGUUCGAGGAUGAGAACUUCGUCCUGAAGCACACCGGUCCGGGCAUCCUGUCGAUGGCGAACGCUGGCCCCAACACGAACGGUUCCCAGUUUUUCAUCACUACCGUGAAGACGGCCUGGUUGAACGAUCGUCACGUCGUCUUCGGUAGCGUAGUGGAGGGCAUGGACGUGGUGCGAAAGAUCGAGUCCUUCGGAUGCCACUCGGGCAAACCGUCGAAGCAGUUCGUCGUAGCUAACUGUGGCCAGCUGUAAAUCCAGUGUUUUUUUUUUCUUUACUUUUUUUUCGGUCUGCGCUUCAACCCUAGCCCCGUGUGCGCCCGUCUAGCGCCGCGCACUGUUGCUGCAGCUUCGAUACUUUCCUUUUACUUCAGUCAAUGAUUCCUUCGUUUUUUUUAACAAAAACACAAUCACACACUCACACAUUUAAUAAAUCAGGAAGUAAACAAGUUAAUAGUAGAACAACUGAAUAUUAUGCAUUUGAUUCGGGGGGAAAACUCCGCACUAGUUUGGCGGUGUGUUUCCUUCCGACGUCUAGGGAUGAUCAGGAUAGUGUUAUUCCUAUCUGAGGUGUUCGCUCAUUACGUAAUGAUGCAUUUUGUCCUGUCUCGCUAAAACCCAUACUUCUUUAACAAGAACAAGAAUAAAGAGUAAUAAUGGUAAACAAGAA